AUGAACAACACAUCAUCUACUAUACUACUGAAAAAGCUGUUGGGAGAAAUAAGUCCCACUAUUGAUGAGUACACAGCAUACUAUAUUCCUGACUGGUUGACUAUUCAGUUUCUUGUCAACACAUGUAUUUCUUUUGCCCCGUUGUUCUCUUACGGGUCCACCGUCUGGAGCAUUGAAAAAAACAAGUCCACUUUGGGAUUCUCUAUCGAUAUCUGUUGUACCAUGAUUGUUUCCAGUAUAUUGAGAAUAAACUUUUAUUUUGUUGAACCAUUUGAGCUCACGUUAUUGAGGCAGUCGAUAAUAAUGAUCUUCAUCCAUAUCAUCUUGUUGAAAGUUUCGUUGAAAUAUAAGUUGAAAAAUUAUACCGUGAAGAAUCUCCAUCAAUAUACAUCAACUAUCGACGAAAUCAGAAGCUAUUUGUAUGAUAUAAACAAUGAAAGAAGCUCAAGAAACCCAGUAUUGUUAAUUUUUGAAAUAUUCAUGAUUGUCUUUAAAAAUUUUAUCAAGUUUUUUGAUCCGUAUUAUAAACGAUCAUUUGAAUUCUGGCAGUGGAAUGAAGAAAGCAAAUACUGGUGGUUUUUGGGGAAAUUUUACGUGGUUAACUUAAUCAUGACUCUAAUAUUCAAGAACUCCAAACUUUAUGGGAAUUUGAUUGGGAGUGCCAGUUUGCUUAUCGAGAGUUUGUUGCCAUUACCCCAAAUAUUGUUGAUGAAUAGACUCAAGUCGAUUAAUGGCUUUAAGACGGUUUUAUUGUUAAGUUGGUACUGUGGUGAUCUAACCAAGAUAACGUACCUUCUUUUUGGUGCCAAAGGGACCUCCUUCUUGUUUGUUUUCUUCGGAUUGUUUCAAAUGUUUUUGGAUGUAAUCAUUGGGUUCCAAUAUGUCUAUUAUGGGCAUUACUAUACUGUGGACUAUAUGCAACCUGAUAUUGAAAUGCAAGAAAAACCAAGGAGAUCGAUUGAAUUAGUAGAUGCUACAAAUCAGAGUUCUUCAUGA